AUGAUCAACCUUCAUACACUCCUCCAAUGCAUCCAAGACACCAGUCUAUCCUUAUCAGCUGCAAAGAUAGAGUUUUUCAUGACAGAAGUGAAAUUUGCAAGUGAAAUAGUUGGCCCCAACAGUGUUGGUACAGACCCCUCAAAAAUCUCUGCAAUCAUUAAUUGGGCAACCCCAACCACACUAAAAGGUCUAUCAGGCUUCAUUUACCUAGGGAACUACUACCGCUUUGUAUGUGCAGAUUAUGGCCACAUCGCACGGCCCCUCACAGAUCUAAUCCGGAAUGCCUCAAUACCAAUAGGAAAAGCAUUUAUCAAGAUCAAAGCUGCCCUAACCUCCGCACCAGUACUCCGAUCCCCCAUCUGUGACGGCUGUGCCUUCAUCAUCACAACUGAUGGAUCCAAACAUGAGUUUGCUGUAAUCUUGUUGCAAUACCACAAAACAGCCCUUCCCAAUGGAAAGAAGGUAACACGGUGGCACCCUAUUGCCUUCGCAUCCAAAUGCACAUCCUGUGCCGAAGAACGUUACAAACCAUUCCUCUCUAAGUUCACAGCUCUCAAGUUCAGCCUCGAUAAGUUCUCAGACACCAUCUGGGGCUCACUCAUCGAGAUCGAGACUGACUGCCAAGCACUGCAAGACUUCUUCUUAAUGACAACCUGA